GGGCAGAGGGGAGCGAGGGCACGCGAGGGUGAAGCUACCUGCCUGUCUGCUUGCCUGUCUGUCUGGCCGUGUAGUUUGCCUAAAAGCGACUUUACACGGGACCUGCUGCAAGGAGAAAGGCGGGCCCGGGGUUAUAUGAAGACCACCAGACCCCGCGUGCACCAUGCAUCGACUCUCGGGCAAACGAGGAGGGGACGGUCUGAUUGAGAUGAGCCCAACAGACUCCUUCAAUGAUGAUGUGAAUGGCUACCCACAGAAUACAACUGACAACAUGGGCUUCCAGCAUGACAAACAGGAGUCUUCUUCAUCUCCUCAAGUACUUGUUGACACGUGUGAGUCUUUGAGUGGCAGCCUGGCUUCUUUGGCCUCCUCUGAUCACAGCGACAGCCCACAGCGCGAGAACCCUGCUUUAGACCGUAUCAGUACUUUAACUGGGCUCUCGAGAAAGCGUGCCCUGUUCCUGAAGUUUCGUUCCCGGAUUGACAAACAACACCAGAGUAAAGAUUCCAUAUUUUUUCGAGAUGGAGUGCGAAGGAUUGAUUUUGUCUUGUCCUACGAAGAAGAUAAAGAUGAUGGUAGAAAACCGGAGAGAAGGAACAUUUUUGAGGCCAAUCUGAGAAACAUUGGCUUGGAGCUGGAGACAGAAGACAAAUCAGAGUCUGAAGAUGGAAACACAUAUUUUGUAAAGAUUCAUGCUCCGUGGGAGGUUUUGGCCACCUACGCAGAUGUGCUGAAAAUCAAGGCCCCAUUCAAGGCUAAUGACAUCCCUGAGAACAAGGAGAUGCCCAUGGGCUGGCUGGCCACCCCCAUCCGCCUCCCAGAAGACAUCAUGCACCCUGAGCCAGACUACUUCACUGCCCCCUUUGACAAAAACAAAUCAGACUUCUUUCUUAUUGAUGACAAGGAUACUUUCUUUCCCCCAUCAACCCGCAACAGGAUAGUUUAUUACAUCCUGUCUCGAACACCGUACUUCCAUGACUGUGAAAGGGAUAAAAUCGGAAUAAAAAGGUUACUUAACAACGGCACCUACACUGGUGCCUUUCCACUACAUGAUUGCAGAUACUGGAAAAGCUCCAGCUCUUCCAACUGUGAAAAUGAUCGAUACAAACUUUACAAAUACUGGGCCAAAUUUUUAUGUUUCUUUAAGGAGCAGCCCAUUCAUCUAAUAAGGAAAUACUACGGAGAGAAAAUAGGUCUUUAUUUUGCAUGGCUGGGCUUCUACACUGAGAUGCUGUUGUUUGCUGCAAUUGUGGGCACCCUUUGUUUUGUCUAUGGGUUGUUGACCUAUGAGGAGAAUGAAUGGAGUAAGGAGAUUUGUAACGAGACCAUUGGAGGCAAUAUUGUCAUGUGUCCACUUUGUGAUAAGAAAUGUGGUUACUGGAAACUCAGUAAAAUAUGUAACUCCUCUUGGCAAUCACAUCUAUUUGACAAUUUUGGAACAGUGUUCUUUGCCAUCUUCAUGGGAAUAUGGGUGACCCUGUUCCUUGAGUUUUGGAAGCGCCGUCAGGCCCGUCUGGAGUAUGAGUGGGACCUGGUUGACUUUGAGGAGGAGCAGCAGAAGGUGCAGCUCCGGCCGGAGUACGAGACCAAGUGCAGUGAGCGCAAACUCAACCUCAUCACUCAGGAAAUGGAGUGCAUUCUUAACAGGACUGCCCCGAGUUUUAUGGCGAAAGUGUUAAUUUGCUGGGUGGCUAUUGUAUUUUGGAUUACUUUGAUCAUUGCCUGUAUCGUGGGGGUGAUUGCAUAUCGCCUAGCUGUAUAUGCAGCCUUUGCAAGUAUCAUGAAAGACAGUCCUACCAACCAACUGCACGUAGUGGGCCCCUACAUCACCCCGCAGCUGGCCACAUCUGUCACUGCCUCGUGUAUCAACUUUGUCAUCAUCAUGGUGCUCAAUCUUAUGUAUGAGAGAGUGGCUAUUUGGAUUACUGACAUGGAAAUCCCAAAGACACACCUGGAGUAUGAAAACAAGUUGACAGUGAAGAUGUUCCUCUUCCAGUUUGUCAACUACUACUCCUCUUGUUUCUAUGUGGCAUUCUUCAAGGGCAAGUUUGUAGGAUACCCUGGAAACAAUGCUUACUUUUUCGGGUCAUGGACCAAUCUAAGAAAUGAGGAGUGUGAUCCUGGUGGCUGUUUGAUUGAACUGACAACGCAGCUAGUAAUAGUUAUGACCGGCAAACAGGUGUGGGGAAACAUCCAGGAGGCUUUAGUGCCAUGGUUAAUGAACUGGUGGGGCAGCAGAAAAGCUCGAUGUCAUCCAGAGAGUCUGUACAGUCGCUGGGAACAAGACCAUGACCUUCAACCCUUUGGACAAUUGUUGCUCUUUGAUGAAUACCUGGAAAUGGUGAUCCAGUUUGGCUUUAUCACACUGUUCGUGGCCUCCUUCCCUUUGGCUCCACUGUUGGCGCUCUUCAAUAACAUCAUUGAGAUUCGAGUGGACGCCUGGAAACUCACCACUCAGUUUAGACGUCCUGUGGCAUCCAAAGCGCACUGCAUCGGGGCCUGGGAGGAAAUACUCAAUGGGAUGGCUGUUCUCUCUGUGGUCACUAAUGCCUUUAUUGUGGCCUUCACAUCUGACAUGAUCCCUCGGCUGGUCUACAUGUACGCAUACCAGCCCGACGGCGAGAUGAACAUGAAGGGCUACAUCAACAACAGCCUGUCCGUGUUCAACAUCACAGAGUUUCCUGAAGAAAGUCGACCUGAGGAUGGAGAAAAUCCCUCUUGGUUUAACAGCUCCAUCACUACCUGCAGAUACCGUGAUUAUCGUUAUCCCUCUGGCCAUGAGAAACAGUACUCCCACACUAUGCAGUUCUGGCACAUAUUGGCGGCUAAGCUGGCAUUCAUCAUUAUCAUGGAGCAUGUGGUGUUCACAGUCAAGUUUGUGGUGGCCCGUUUGAUUUCAGAUGUGCCCUCUGAAGUGAGGGCUAGAGUGAAAAGAGAGCGAUACUUAGUCCAAGAAUAUUUGCACAACUAUGAAGUAGAAAAGCUUAAAAUGCAGCUCCAAAAGUCUGAUGAUGACUGCACAUGCCCACCAAUGAUAUACCCAACAAUACCCAAUCAUGAAAUGAUGUCAGAUCGGCUCUAGCCCAGGAUGAGCUGAAACGGCACAAGGGCUGCUUAAGUAUAAUAUGACAAUUUACCAUUGCUACUGUACUUCACUAGAAGUACAGGUAUUGCAA